GAGUGAUGUUGUAAUCCAAUAAUAGUCUUGUUGUUUUGAGGGUAAAGGGUUUAGUUUGUUGAUUGAUCUGUAAACUUGGGUUAGUUUUUUAUUUUGAAUUUUUUUUUUGGAUUUUGUUCCCUAAUUUAAUCCAUUUGAAUAAUUAGAUUAAUUGUGUUAUACAUGAAUGCUUGAUAAAGGUUGUAAUGGCUUAGCUGGUGAGUAUUCUUGAUCCUGGGUUGGAUUUGUUGUUAUUAAAGGUGGUUCUUGUUUUUCCUUUGGUGCAGAGGCAAUCUAGGUGCAAAUUGCUUGUCUUGAAUAGAAUGCCAGGAGAAGAAGUAUUAGCUCAAGAAGAUGAGAGGGGUAGAUGUUUUGAGCCUGAAACCUCUGAGGAUGAGUGGCGGAAGUCUCGAACUAGAUCUCUUAGGAGAAAAGCAAUAACUACUUCAACCAGACUCGCUUAUAGUCUCAGGAAGCGUAAUACACGUGUAGCAAAUAGUGACUUUGCUUCAAUUUGCAUAGAAGAUGUCCGCGAUGCUAACGAGGAAAAAGCUGUGAAUUCAUUUCGUCAGGUGCUACUUACAAGAGAUCUGCUUCCAGAUUCCCAUGAUGAUUAUCAUGAAAUGCUGAGGUUUCUGAAAGCCAGAAAGUUCAACAUUGAUAAAAAAGUCCAGAUGUGGGCAGAUAUGUUGCAUUGGAGGAAGGAGUAUGGAGUAGAUUCUAUUUUACAGGAAUUUGUAUAUAAGGAGUAUGAAGAGGUACAAUGUUAUUAUCCUCAUGGCUACCAUGGUGUGGACAAAGAGGGCCAACCGGUUUAUAUUGAAAGACUUGGCAAAGUUGAACCCAGCAAGUUGAUGAGUGUCACGACAGUUGAUCGAUUUUUAAAAUAUCAUGUUCAAGGAUUUGAGAAAAUGUUUAAAGAGAAAUUCCCAGCAUGUUCUAUUGCAGCAAAGAGGCAUAUAGAUAAAACAACAACAAUACUUGAUGUGCAUGGAGUGAAUUGGGUUAGCUUUAGCAAAGUUGCACAUGAUCUUGUUAUGCGUAUGCAAAAAAUUGAUGGUGAUAACUACCAUGAGGUUUUAGGCAACAAGUUUCAGAGCAGACUAUUACAGAUUAUAGACACAAGCCAACUUCCAGAUUUCCUCGGCGGCAGUUGUUCGUGCCCAAAUGAUGGAGGGUGUCUUAGAUCUGAUAAGGGACCUUGGAAUGAUCCUGACAUUUUGAAACUAUUGCAUUCUAGAGAAGCAAUGAAGCUAACAAAGUUUGGAAGUUCUUCUGUUGCUGAUGGGGUUGAUGUGAAGUCAUAUGCCAGCAAGGUUAAAAGCACUGGAAUAUCUGAACCUCUAUCAGCGUCAGAAGUAAGAUUGAAUCCUUCAGCCUUCGUACAAUCUGUUCCUUCUAGUGAAAAAAAAAGGAUGAGAGACUCUGCACCUACCGGCAAUGUACUUGAGCCUUUAAAUGCUGCCAGAGAAGUUGUUGGGGAUGUUGAUUCAAUAAGUAUGUGAUUCCUUAUCACAGCUUCUUUUUCUUCUUCUUCUAAUUAGGGGUUGAUCUCUAUUUCAUUCUUUUUGCAUAUAUUUAUUAGAGGAUGAACUUGUUUUAUGGCUUAUAAAUGAUGAUAAUAGAACUUGCGGUGUAACCUGUGAACAAUAUUGGUUUAGAUGCCUGACUUUAGCCAUGAGAGCAUGAAAGGAGAAACAUGUAGUUUAAAUUUGUUAGGCAAAUUAUUUCAUUUUGUCCAUGCUUAACCAAGUCACACCCACAGAAUGAGAGGUCAGGAUGG